AUGAGUUACGGAGCCGCCGACUCGCGGUAUGGACGGGGUGGUUUGCCCCCCGAGGGGAGUGCUGACUGGGAGAGUGAGGGCUGGGCAGCCAUCGUUGAUUCCAUGCUACACGGGGGGAGCACCCAAGAUAUGGGGGCGUCCACCCUCUUGGGGGCCCCUGCUUGGGGCCCCCUGAAUGAGACGGGCCCUCUAUUCGCGCUCCCUUCGGGGCAGCAGCCACCUCUGAAGCAGCCACCUCUAAAGCACCAAGGGCAGCACCAAGGGUACCAGCAGGAGCAGCCGUAUGACGGCUUCCUUGGUGGCGCGGACGCAGAGAAUUGUGCGAAUCCAUUCGACACUAGGAGACUCUCCGAUCAGCGAACUCUUCCCUCCCUCUGUUGCAGCGACCCAAAGCCACGCAAGAGGCAGCUGAGGGUACGGUGCACAGAAAGAGGCAAGAGGAGGAGAAAGAGAAGAGGGGCAAGCGAUUCAGAGGACAGCGACUGGCGACCACAAAGGUCCCCCUCUGCUGACUCAGCCUCUGCAGGCUCUCCGAGCUCCCCUUCCGCCACUGCUUGUGCUGAUGCGAGUCAGACAAGACGCAACAGCAGCAUGGCUCCGUCGUGCCCUUCUUCGUCUUCCUCGGCAGCUGCGGCGAGAGGAGAAGAGCUGCGCUUGGAGAACGCUGCCUUAAAUGACUACGACAUGUGCGAAAUAUCUGUAGAGUGGCACCUCCCUGAACUCCCCGAAACUGCCGAGCGACAAAAGGGCCUCGUGCCCAUUCGCCGGGUUUUCGGCAUCAACGCGGGAAUGACGCUCUUCAACCUCCACAGAAUAAUUUGUAUCUCUCUUGGAUUGGAUGAGGAGGUACAGAUCUUGAGCGUCUUGCGGAACAAGACAAAACAGAACGCCCUUAUCUGGGUGCCGCGGUGUGUGGCGGCUGGCAGCUACGGAACAGCCCCAGGAAGUGAUAUCAAUUGGAAUAGCCCCGAUGAAGUGUCGCAGCAUGUGCCAACCCUUGAGAUCGAUGUUAAAACCAUCAACCUCGGAUUCAUCGAGACGCGAUUCUCAAAAAAUACCUCCAUCUCUCGGCGAACCAAGAUGAUUCGAGCCGAAUGCUACAGCGAGAGUAUUCACGAUUUCUGGAGGGACAGUGCAAGGGUUCGACAGCUCGCCAUUCGCGUCAGCCGCCAGACCUCUCAUGGCAGGCGCUGCCUCGACGCGCCCUCCAAGCCGAAGCAGCUUCUUAUGCACACGCAGCCGCUGCCACAAGAAGCUUACGGUGACCUCGCAACAACAGUGGCGGGGGUACCCUGGAGCCUACGGGAUGCCAUGUUACUGCAAGGGACCUUGCAGCAACAGCUGCUGCAGCAAGAGCAGCAGCAGCAGCAGCUGCUUGGACUGAAUGACUUGUUGUUGCGGUCAGAGGACUUCUUCCUACAGCAGCAGCAGCAGCACGAACAGUUGUCGCUGCUUCUUCAGCAAGAGGGCCUUACCGCCGAGGAGGCGACUCUCUUCAUUGAGCAGCAACUGCUGCAGCAAGAGCAGCAGCAACUGCAACACGACCAGCAGCCGCUGCAGAUUUUCCCCCUGCUAGACAGUGCGGACUGUGCAAGCCGCUUCGAAAGCACCGCUCCACUUGCAGCGCCUGGCCAAGCAGCAAGGGCAGAAGGAACUCCUCUGCCUCCGUUGGUGCGCGUCAUGGCCUGCGGGGGGUUCGCCCCUUAG